AUCAUGGCAGUUGCAGUGGAAGUGUUGUGCAGAUAACAGAAUUAUCUUUACACGACACACAAAACAAAUUUGUUGAAACGAAAAUAAACAUUUUCUGAAAAUUCCACUUUAAGUAAUCAUCGAUUUUCCGGAAUCUAACAAAUUUCUUCAACCUCAAACAUGUGAUUUCUAACACUACCAUUUCAUAAUAUUUCAUCAAAUUAAUAAAAUUGUGAUGGAAGAUAGUGGUAUUGAUAGUGGAGACCAUAAUGGGGACGCAUCAUUAAAACCUAGAGGUAGCGAUUCUUCCAGCGCCGACAGUAGUAGGUCGCCGCCUAGGUCUUUGCCAACUUCCCGUCAACUCCAAAGAAAACUAGAAGCCCGAAUAGAACAUGCCCGUAGACUACACCAGGAAUAUCAUACAACUCCUGGUCUUAUUCCAAUUCAAAGACUUCCAAUUCCUGGGGUUAAAGACCAUCAGCCGCUAGUCCAGUGGGACACUGAUGAUAGUGAAGAAGAUAUAGUCAAUUUUUUUCCUUUGUCACGCAAGGAAUCGAGAAUUCACCAGGAACUCACUGAUACUUUUAGUAUAGAGGAAAUGAGCAUAUCCGGGGAUGAUGAGGAAGAGGAGGAUUUACAUCUUGUUCCCCCUCAAACGGUUUAUAAGAAAUUUGCUUGUUGUCCGUUUUCUUUUUGUGUAAUAAUGUAGGAUUAUUGGUGAAUUAAAUAUAUUCAGUAUUAUAAGA